GACAUGAGACACCAGUCAGGACGUGGCGUCAAAAUGGCGCGCUGACAAGAGUUGUACACAGAAUUGAAUAGAAGAGGACUUCCUUGGAAGUCUCAGUUCCAGCCAUCCAUUUUCUUAGCCGCUUAUCCUCACAAGGGGGUGCUGGAGCCUAUCCCAGCUGUCAACAGGCAGGAGGCAGGCGGGGUGCACCCCGAACUGGUUGCCAGCCAAUCACAGGCCACAUAGAGACAAACAGCCGCACCCCCAAUCACACCUAGGGGCAAUUUAGAGCCUCCAAGUAAUGUUGCAUGUUUUUGGAGAUGUGGGAGGAAACCGGAGUGCCCGGAGGAAACCCACGCAGGCACGGGGAGAACAUGCAAACUACACGCAGGCGGGUCGGAGAUUGACCCCAGGACCUCAGAACUGUGAGGCUAACGCUUUACCAGCUGAUCCACUGUGCCGCCGUAUUUAAAUAUUUAAAGGCCCAAACUCGUCCAUCAGACCAAGAUUAAGAAAAAUCUUACAACCGACAAUCAAUCGGUAGCGCAGAUGAAUCCGCUACUUACUUCCCGCCACGAGGGGCCCGUUCUUUUUCUUCAUUUCACUGUUAGCCUAAUAGCAUAGUUGCCAUUUUCCAAGAUGUGUUUGAAUGAUUUGGAAAAUGACAAUAAAAAAACUAUUUGUCGCUAACAGUGGUAGAAAGACCGCCCAAAAUGACAAAGGCAAACUAUUCUAUUAGGCUAACGUCAUUAGGAAUGCACAGUGCAAUUUUUCGGGGGUAAAUUAAAUCAUCUGCUAGCAAAUUCAUUUUUAUGGGUAGUGUAAAAUGAAACGCUAUUAAAGUGAGGGAAAUGAUUGACACGCAUAUCCACUUUUUGUGAUGUGUGAAAUAUGUGCUUUUGGCUGAAUAUAAAGGUCGGUCAACAUUUUUUAUAUUUAUUUUUAAACCACUGUUAUUUUCAAUGACAUCUUCAUUAAGAUCCCACGCGUGCCUUUGACACAGGCUUUCAUUCAACCAUGAACCAUUUUUCAUCCCGCCAUCGCGGACGUCAUCUUUACAGUACGCCCCCCGUGGACUGGUAAUAUGUCAUGACUGUGUCUCUAUUCAUAUUCAUCAGGCGUGUUGGCGCAGUAAUUAGCCAAUAUUCAAAUGAAGCCUGAAUGUCAGCACAGUCGCCCGUUUCGUAAUGUGAAUCUAAUUCGGAAUACGAAUCGUGUAUCGGGGUUAGAUGCCCUUCCGUGCGAAUAAUGGGUUCUUUUCGGGCCAUAAAGGGAACGUUAUGGCACGUCGUCAACGUGUACUCGAGGCAGCUGUGAACGCCAACGAGCCGUGUUGUGUAUCGUGCUCCAUUUUGGUCACGGGAGUCGAACGGGAAAGGUACAGCGCUGGUCAGCUGACCCUCGACGAGCCAAUCAGAGCGCGGCUCCGUUGUCAACAAAGCCAGCUGCGCUCCUGCCUCUCAAGGCACGUGACGACACCGAACCCGAUCAGCAGCACGCAGACAUGUGGGCAGCACAAACAAGCGAAAGGCAGGAGGCCUCGGGAGGACUGUGGGAUUCUGUGAAGAAAGCCGCUGUGGUCAUCGGAUCCGGAAUCUUGUUCCUGGCGGCGUUUGGUAAUUCGCUGACAUGGCAUCUUCAGAAGUUUUGGGGAGCCUCAGGAGACUUUUGGCAGAACUUGUGGACCAAAGUCUACAUGAUGUUUGAGGGCCACAACGAAGCUUUGUUCUACAUGGGCACGAUGCUGGUGCCGAUGGUGGUGUUCUGGGCGUUCAACGCGCUGCUGCUAUUGGUGGACACCACCGGGAGGCCGUCCUUCAUCACUCGCUACCGCAUCCAAGCAGACAAGAACAGCCCGGUAGACCCGGAAAAGCUGCGUCAGGCUCUGAAGACGGUGCUGUUCAACCAGGUGUUCAUUUCCGGGCCCAUGGUGGUGGCCGCCUACCACCUGACCCGUUGGCGGGCCGACCCGUGUGGCCCCGACCUGCCCACCUUCCACUGGGCCCUCACCGAGCUGGCAGUCUUCUCCAUCCUCGAGGAAGUUUUGUUUUACUAUUCUCACAGGCUAUUCCACCAACCCAGCCUCUACAAGCACUUCCACAAGCAGCACCACGAGUGGACCGCCCCCAUCGGCGUGGUCGCCACCUACGCUCACCCGCUGGAGCACGUGUUUUCCAACCUGCUGCCGGUGGUGAUCGGGCCCGUCCUGCUGGGAUCGCACGUGUCCAGCACGUCGAUGUGGUACUGCCUGGCGCUGGUCAGCACCACCAUCUCCCACUGCGGGUACCACCUUCCCUUCCUGCCCUCGCCGGAAUUCCACGACUUCCACCACCUCAGGUUCAACCAGUGUUUCGGCGUGUUUGGCGUGCUGGACCGCCUCCACGGCACCGACGCCAAGUUCCGGCAGACCAAGCAGUACGAGCGGCACACCUUCCUCACCGGACUCACCCCGCUCACCGAGAGCAUCCCCGACGACCCCAAGAAGGGCCAGUGACUGCCCGACGCGUCACUUGAAGCCAUCUUAAUUCUUAAUUCUGUUUUGAAAACCUGUUGAUCAGUUUUAGACUCUUUUUGUAAUUUAAUUCCAGUUUGCACUUUUGCUUUUACUGACUGACGUCCGUUCGCAGUUUGGUUCUGGUAACUUCCUGUGAAAAUCUGCCCACAAACGUGGCGGCAAGGAGUUCUGAGACACCACUGCUCUUAUCGUGUGGGGUGUACUUAAAAUGACCACAAUCGUGUGUUUAUGCAACGGCACCAAGACUGACUUGUGAGAGGCAGAACAGUUCCAACAGGGCCUACGGACAGCUGGGAAAUAAUUGGAAACCAGGCAGUUAUCAUAAAUAUUGAACAAGUUCAACAUUUACGAGUGUCCAACUGUUUUGCAAGCAGAUCAGGGAGGAACAUUUUCUCUCAAAAACUGAUCAUCAGAAUCACAGACUUUGAUCGGAAGGAAGGAAACAUCCAAUCUUGGGGAUCGGCAUACACCGCUUUACCAUUUAAGACAGUCGGCCAUGAUUGUUUUAAUAGCCCACACCACAAGAAUAAUACCCGAUUAACCAGGAUAAUCUUAAGAGACAACCAACAAUCAGGCCUUUGACGAAGUUGGCGAACGUGGCUCAAAUUGUCGGGAUGCACAAACUACGCUUUAACAAUCCCGGUUGACACCAAAACGUUUUCCGAGCAGAUCGGGAGGAAAAACUGUUCACACACACACACACACACACACCGUACAUGAAUAUUUUAGCACUAUCCUUUCAAACCUUUGCAGUUUUUGAUUGAAAGAGGUGGGGGGGAUUGUGUAACCUUGCAUGUGCAAUCAUGUAGAAAUUGUAAUUAGAAUGAACCAUUUGUGUAUUUUAUGCUCACUUGUCCCAUACAAUUAAACAUUUGUUUGUAAUGAGGAAUCUCGAAACCGCGCACUUGGAAAUGAUGACUCAGCAGGCCGAGUUUUUUUUUAGGGUUUUUUUGUCCGUUUUGUUUUUUUUUUCUUUAUUAAAAGGAAAAAGCAUAAUUACUACAAAUUACAAAUAACACUAAUAAUAGCGAAUCACAUCAGCCUACAAAGCAGAUAGUGAAUAUUAAAUGUUAUAAUACAAGAUCUCAUUCAAGUAGUUUACAUUUUUUCCGUUUUAUACUUUUUUCUUGCUUUUUUUCACAUUUUUUUUUCCUCAUGAACAAGCCUAAAGAUAUUUUCGAGUGAUGCAGUGAACAAUUUGAACGCUUCAUAUACAGUUUUUUUUUUGUUAUAUUCCAUAUGGCUUUAUGACAUUUUUGUAAUUUUUCCAUUCUGCAGACAUAACCAGCCAUAUUCCUCAGGCGGUGCUGCGCUCUUACUUCCCUUCCCCCACAGUUCCAUCUUCAGCAUUUUGCAGCCAGCUCUUGGGGGUGAAGCGCCCCCUAAAGUUUGUUCAAGGGGGGUGAACAACGCACAAGGUCCCCAAAUCCUCGAAAUGUCCCAACAGGCAGAGGAGUGAACACAUCUGCAGCCGAUCACACAGUUUUCACUUAUCUAUAAAUGCCCCCCCCCCCCCGCUCUCUUUUGUCGUCAAGCCCCGGCAAGACACAGAUCCAACGUAAACCUCCUAAAACUCAUCCAAGUCUCCCUGAAGGAGGUGGGGGGGGGGGGGGAGAAA